AUGGCUGGCACAAACGAAGACUUUGAUCUCCCCCGUUGGCACACCCAAUCCAUCCACGACCCGCUAUCCUCGUCCGCUCAGGCCGCUCAGGCCGCCGCUCAAGCUCCCUAUCUCUACAAUGCAGGCCCGCCACCUCAAGCUGCGAACCGUCUCCCGCCCAUUCAGCAACCGCCCUCCGGCUCUUCAAGGCAGCCUCGCAUCAACCAGCUUCUGGACGAGGAUCACCAGUUCGGCGUGAACCAGUCUCCGUAUACCACCUCAGGCCUCGCACGCAGUCUCUCCCUCGGUGGAAGCGCCGCAACCAAUUCUUCGAGGGGACGCCGCCACCACAUGCAGGACGAUCUGGAGGGUGCCUUCCAUGUGGAAGGAGACGGGGCGCAGAGGCAGACGCCUGCUUCCUUGUAUCCGUCCAGCGUUGCGUACCACUCACAACAGACUGGAGCCGGCCCCAACCCCUCAGCGGCGGCGACCGGUGGCGAUCCAUACCAAGACGCUUACUUCACCGGGCCAGGCGUGCACACUCCCAAGAGGAGUCAAACCCAACACGAGUCCGGGUCUUCCAGAGCUCCACGAUCCCCUCAAAGGUCGCAGGGCGGAAACAGCUAUCUGGACCCGUACUCGCCACCCCAGAAUAACUAUUCCUCCACAAACAACUACCCGUAUUCCCCUACCGGAGACGUCAAGCCGUUCGCUGGAGGAGGAGGAGGUGGUGGAUACUCGUCGCAGACGCAUUCUCGGUCGCAAUCUCAGGCAAAAGGCGAGCCCAUGUCUCCUCGCGUUCCUCCUCCGUCGUACUCUCCCCAAACGUCCGGACAUUACACCGGCCCAUAUCCAAUGGACACGACCAGUCCUGCGCCCUCAAACAAUGCUCUGUCGGCAAGGCAUCCUCGGCAA